UUGUUAUCCGUGCGAACGCAAUGCAUCAGAGAUAAUGCUUGAAAUUACUUUCAAUUCGGGCCGCGGACGCGAUUUAUCACAAUUACGAGAGGCAUUAAAUCGUUACGGCUCACGUUUUGCGCAAAACUUAAUUGGGCGAAUUUCGGUUGUUGGAAUUUGGCCCAAUCAUGUUAUGAUGCCCAGACAAAAUUAACUGCACCCAAUCUCUCUGAUCCUCCUCAAUUCUUCUCUUUAUUUGUUUUCUGUUCCCUCGCCGGAUGAAUGUCUCACGUUUCUCAUUGUUUUCGUUCCAUGACUUUACUUGUGCUUCGGGUUCAAAAAGAUGUCUUGCAAUUGUCCUGUGACCCAACCAGGGCCAACUUUAGCGUCAACAUGCGGUGGUGCUCCGUUCAUGCUGUUCAUGGGAUUGCUGGAGGUGUUUCUUAGAUCGCAGUGCGACCUGGAAGAUCCUUGCGGAAGGCCCGAACAGACUCCACUCUUACCGGAAUACGAUUUCAUCGUGGUGGGCGGCGGUUCGGCGGGAGCAGUAGUUGCGAGCCGUUUAUCCGAAAUACCCGAAUGGAGAGUUCUGCUGAUCGAAGCAGGCCUCGAUGAGCCGACGGGAACUCAGGUGCCGUCCAUGUUCUUGAACUUCAUCGGAUCCGAUAUCGACUGGGCUUAUCAAACCGAACCGGAACCGGAAGCGUGUCUCGCCGAAGAGGGGCAAAAGUGUUACUGGCCCAGAGGCAAAGUGCUUGGAGGAACGUCGGUGAUGAACGGAAUGAUGUAUAUCAGAGGAUCUAGAAGGGAUUUCGAUAAUUGGGCGGCUAUGGGUAACGAAGGCUGGAGCUACGACGACGUUUUGCCGUACUUCUUGAAGAGCGAGGACAACAAGCAAUUGGAUAAAGUGGAUAGAGGUUAUCACGGAACCGGAGGUCCAUUAACUGUUAGCCAAUUUCCGUAUCAUCCGCCACUUUCCAAGGCUCUAUUGAAAGCCGGUGAAGAGAUGGGUUACAAAGUGAGGGAUCUGAACGGAGCUUUCCACACCGGAUUCUCCAUCGCUCAGACUACCAAUAAGAACGGAUCGAGAUUGAGCACGGCCAGAGCAUUCCUGAGGCCUUUCAAGAACCGCAGGAAUCUUCACAUCUUGCUCAACUCCACCGUCACCAAAGUUCUGAUCAAUCAAACGACGAAGACCGCUUAUGGCGUUGAGCUCUUGCACAACGGCCGCAAGCAAGUCGUCUACACGAAUAAGGAGAUUAUAGUCAGCGGCGGUGCUGUCAAUUCACCACAGAUUCUUUUGCUAUCUGGAAUCGGGCCGAGCGAGGAGCUUCGCGAUGUGAACGUACCGGCGAUCCACGAACUGCCAGGUGUCGGAAAGAAUCUUCAGAAUCACGUCGCGUAUUUCGUUAAUUUCUUCAUAAACGACACGAAUUCUUCUCCUUUAAAUUGGGCUACGGCUAUGGAAUACUUGUUGUUCAGAGAUGGACUGAUGAGCGGAACGGGCAUCUCCGAAGUGACCGGUUUGGUCAACACCAAAUACAAUGAUCCGAAUCUGGACGACCCAGAUAUGCAAUUUUUCUUCGGCGGUUUUCUUGCGAAUUGUGCCAAAACCGGACAGGUCGGUGAGAAGUUGGAUGAGCAUUCGCGUUCCGUCCAGAUCAUCCCAGCAGUCAUUCAUCCGAAGAGUCGCGGCUACUUGAAGCUUAGGUCCGACGAUCCGACGAUGCCACCUAUGAUUUACGCCAGAUACUACACUCAUCCCGAUGACAUUAAGGUGAUGGUGGAAGGAAUCAAGAUUGCCAUUGCAAUGUCCGAAACAAAUGCACUGAAACGUUACGGAUUCAAAUUGGACAAGACGCCGACCGCAGGAUGCGAGAAGAUUCCAUUCGGAAGCGACAAGUAUUGGGAGUGCUCGGCCAAGCAGCAAACAGGACCAGAGAACCAUCAAGCUGGAAGCUGCAAAAUGGGUCCUGCGAGUGAUCCAAUGGCUGUAGUCAACGAUCAAUUACAAGUUCACGGCAUCGACAGGUUACGAGUCAUCGAUGCGAGCAUCAUGCCAGUGGUAACAUCAGGUAAUACAAACGCCCCAACGAUCAUGAUCGCCGAAAGAGGCAGCGAUCUGAUCAAACAGCGUUGGCUCACACCGUCCGAGGGUUUCUUCUACAGCCAUCCCAGCGUCAGGAUCAACAGGCAAUGGGGAAGUUGGUAAAAAAAAGAAGAAUAACCGAGAGUGAAAACAAGAAAAAAAAAAAAGAUCCUAAAAACCA